GAUCAUGAUGGUGAUGAUUUGAAUUUUAGUUUUGAAAGAAGAAAAAACAUUUAAAAAACGAUUUUACGAACAAAAACAUCGAGAAAACAUCGAGAUGACGAUAACAACGAUGAAAAUAUUAAUCAUAUCGAUUUUUAUUUGGAUCAUCAAUCUGGAAAUGAAUGAAAUGAUACCAUUUCAACGUUGUGCAUUAAAUUCUGAAUGUUCAACAUUUUGUUCUGGUUAUGGUUAUAAUCGUUCGGAAUGUAAUGUUAAAAAAAAUUCAGUAUUUCGUAUGAAUCGUUUUUGUGAAUGUUAUGAAUGUGAUUUUGUACUUUGUGCAACAUAUUGUACAAAAAAUAAUUUAAAAUUUGUUGGUUGUAGUUGUUUUGCAUUACCAGCAUUAGUUGGUCAUUAUUCAACAUUUAAUACACCAAAUAAUGUUGAUAUGAAUCAAUUAUUAACAAAUGAAUGUUAUGAUAAUAAAUUUUUAUGUCAAUGUUCAAAAUGAUUUUGGAAAAUUUCAUCAUUUCGAAAACAAACAAAAAAGUUUUUUCCGGUUUCAUCAAAAAAAAAAUCGAACGUUUCGAAAAACAUGGAGAACAUUAUUCGAACACAACCAA